CUCUCCUGAAAUCAGCAGCUACUCACCACCUUUGACGCCAGCUAGCACUAUUUGUCGCGGCUGCGCUUCCCACUUCACCCUUCUGCUUCACCCCCCGUGCCUCCUCACCAAUCUCCGCAAGUAUCACGCCGUGCAACAAUCCGCGAUCACAUUGGGGCGGGCUACUCGUGUUCCACAGACUUUCCUCGUCCACGCUCAUUUACACUGCCACACGACACAAAAACGUCUGCUUGAUCUAGGAGACUUUGGACUUUUAGCAAGGAGUUUCUACGGAUCAGUGAUACCCUUCCAAUAUGGCUUCAGGCUUCGCUGGGUCGUUCUGGUCAAGCGACUAUGCGGGCGGACUAGGAGUUCUCUUUGGGAAGCUUCAGCAAGGUGUUCAGGAAAACCAACAGGUCCUUACUAUUGCCCGCAUGCGUGCGGAUACCGAAGAGCUAUACGGAAACAGCUUGGGCGGCAUUGGACCCGCCGCGGAGCGCAUAACGGGUGGAUUCGCAAGAGAUGAGGGUGCUAGCGUGCGGAAGGCCUAUGAAGGCGUCCGCACCGAGAUGGAGUCGGCUGCCCAGAACCACCGUAAGAUCGCAUCUAACAUCCGAGAGCUCGUUGUCAACCCGUUCAGUCGUUGGUGUGAGGCGCAUGCCGCUCGGGUGCAGAACUCGCAAGAUGAUCUCCAGAACCGCAUCAAAAUUCACGACCGGCAAGCCGAGGCUGUGCGCAAGUUCCGGUCUCAGUAUUACAACAAGUGCCGACUGGUCGAGGACCUUGAAGAAGAGGAUAAACUGGCCUUCCAAGACCCACAGAGUGAGGCAGCAAGCCCCAAGGCUAAGAAUAUCCCGACCAUCAAGAUGUCCGAACCGGACGACAAUCAGGAAGACCCGAUCGACCUCGGUGACGAGACCUAUCAGCCAGAACAGGUCAAGAAGAUUCUGACGCAUAUGUUGGGAACUAUCAAGAUCGGAGAGGUCAAAGUUCCGAUCCUGGGUGUCUACCAAAACUGCUCAUCUGGCUCGGACAUUACCGAAUAUAUCCAGAAACACAUGGGUGCAUCCAGCGUCAGCUAUGCUGAGAGAAUUGGCCAGGACAUCGUCGAUAACGGCUUCCUGCGCCUGGUUGGAAACGUAGGAAACGCCUUUGCAAACAGUUCGAGGAUGAACUACCAGUGGAAGACGAAGGUCUUCCAAAUGACGGGGAUUCCAGAGAGAAAGAAACCCCUGGAACGUGCAUCUUCUGCUAUGUCCCAAGAUAGUUUCACAGUUGACUCUCCCGUUGGAACUGUGCAGGAGUAUCUCCAAGGCUGGAAUCCACUCAAUAACCCGUAUCCCAACGAAACACCAACGGAAAAGCUUCGGAGAGAAGCCCGGGAAUCCGAUGAGCGUUAUAAGGCCUCUGUGAAGAAGCUCGACUCUCUACGCUGCAAUCUGGAAGAGGCCAUGGUCGACCACCUAAAGUUCAUGGAACGUUGCGAGCUGGAUAGGCUAAAGGCCAUCAAGGCCGUCAUUUUAGACUUCUCUGGUGCCGUCAGCAAUGUCAUCCCCAGUCUGCAGAGCACUGUGGAUAAGAUGAUGCUGUUCCAAGAGACCGUCCAGCCUCUGGGUGAUCUGAGGUAUAUGCUCGAAAACUAUAGGACAGGACCAUUUAUUCCAAGGGUUACGACGUACGAGAACUACUACAACUCAGUUGAUGAGCAAACCUUUGGCGUGGACCUCGAGGCCAGGGCUCGAUCAGACCGCAAGCGGGUCCCAAUAAUCAUAACUACCAUUCUCACUUUCCUCGACAACCACUACCCUGAUCUUGAAGGUGAUGAGGUUCGCCGCGGCAUUUGGCUUGUCGACGUUUCUCUCGCACAGACUCAUGCUCUCCGGAAUGCCAUCAAUACUGGAAAGACAUUCCCCCACGAAAUCCUUGAAAAAUUUGAGAUACCCGUUGUUGCAAGCGUUCUUAAGCUCUAUCUUCUCGAGCUUCCCGAUUCCCUCGUCUCUUCCCAUGUUUAUGAAAUCGUAAAGACAAUCUACAGCACCACCGCCACCGACGCCUCCGAGGAGACCCGGGUCUCUGUCAUUCAGUCGACCCUUGGUCAACUCCGCCUUGCCAACAUUGCAACUCUUGAUGCGAUCACAACUCAUUUUACUCGGUUGAUUGAGCUGACCUCAGCGGAUGAAGCCUACAUUACGGCUCUUGCGCAGACUCUCGCCCCUUGCAUCUUACGGCCACGCCAAGAGUCAAGCUUGACAAUGAACGAACGUUACAGCUUCCGCCUCAUCCGCGAUCUCUUCGCACAUAAGGAUGCAAUUUUUGGGGAACUGAAGCGUGCCAGCACUCUCACCCACUCUUCAUCUGGAGCACAACGUCCCCGCGCCAUUUCGACGGAUGAGAGCAACCGACGAGCCAAUUACGAAGAGCGUAACCGUGCUAUUGCCGCACAGCGCUCCCCACGCGCCACCUCGCCGAACCCUGGCUCUCGAAACCAUCGUCGCGACCGAAGUUCUGGAGGCCCGGAGACCAGGUUCCCAGUCAAUACAACCUCUCCAACGGAGCGCAGGGGCACAGCUGGAAGUCGAAACUCCUUAGAAGUACCCGGAAGUGCGGAUCAGAGCCCUGUUGUUGAUGGCAAGGGCACCAAUGGUAGCAUAGAUGCAGCUCAAGAGCAUCCGGCCCCAUCUAGUACCCGCGUUCCCCUGCCCAGGAAACCUGCUGGUGGCUUGGGGAGGAACCCUGUGAACCGUGACUCGGUUGGUAGCUUGAGGGGGGAGGACGCUCCUAGAGGCGUGCAGCUCGAGGAUAAACCGAUGGAUGAUUAGUUUGACGACUGAUUCUAGUUGACACAUGCUUUUACGACUUGGCUGCUGCAUAGGGGAAUUGGCAUUUUGGAACGAACAUGCAUGAUCACCCACGAGAAGCGAAGGCCUUUUGUGAAGCGGUAAUGCACGGUAAUGGCUCAAUAUGUAAAGACACUAGGGGAGCAAUAUCUUGGAAGCAUUGGUUCAGUGGACUGUAGGGAAUGUUUGGAUCGGCCCCUAUCUGGCAAAUAGGGCUGAUUAGGUGGAGGCUGUAACAUCACUACUGUAGGCUUUGAGUUCUUUUGUCUUUAGCACUUG